AUGGCCCAGCUGGGGAAGAUAGAGGCUGAAGUUCAGCAGAUGAUCAAGGAGAGACAACGAAAGAUUAAAGACAUCAUAGACACGUUGGACCACAGCAAAGCAGACGCAGACAGAGAGAUAGCCGAUGGUGUGCAGGUCCUCACUGCUCUGAGGCGCUCUGUUGAAAAGUGUCUGGAUGAUCACAACAAAACGGUUCAAGAGAAACUGAAAUCCACAGAGAAAGAAGCUGAAGGCCUCAUCAAAGAGCUGCAGCAGGAAAUAAAAGAUCUGACCAAUAGAAGCUCAGAGGUGAAGCAGUUCACCCAAACUGAAGACCACCUCCACCUCCUCCAGACCUUCAGAUCCCUGAAGGAUCCUCCACCCACCAGGGACUGGACCACGGUGGAGGUCCGUCCUCCGUCAUACGUUGGGACCUUGAGGAGAGCCCUGGAUCAGCUGGAGGAGACACUGAACACUGGGAUGAAGAAGGUGCCUGACCUGAGAUCAGCUCUACACAAGUCUCUAUGGUUUCACAUCACUGUCAUUGUGAGCAUCGGACUGCUGAGUAUUCUCCUCAACUCCCUGCGCUUCAACUCACCGUCACCCUGGAGGGAGGGGAGAGAGCACUUACUGGAUGAACUCGAUGAAUUGACACUUCAGGGCUGGAUGCUUUACGACAAGAGUCUCUACCGUGUUUCUACUACUAAGAAGGGCUGGAGGGCCAGUAGAGAAGACUGUCAGAAGAGAAAAGCAGACCUGGUGGUCAUCAACAGCAGAGAAGAACUGAACCAGGUUUCCAGGUUUGUCAGCAGAUUGAUGGGUUCUUCCUGGAUUGGACUGAGUGAUCAAGAGAAGGAGGGGACCCUCAAGUGGGUGGAUGGUACCCCCAUGACCUCAAGUUGGAGACACGUUAAACCACGCGAUGACGGCGGAGCAAGAGACUGUUUCGUAGCAGGGGAGGACGGCUGGUCUGAAGAGCCGUGUAACAGACUGCACCACUGGAUCUGUGAGAAGGUCCUAGACCUGGAUCAUCUGGAGGCUGAGCGGAACAAAGAGGGUUCAGUAAUGCCCAUGGAGGAGGAGGAGGAGGCCCCCAGCAUCACAGAGUUCCACUCCUCUACCCACGUGUUGCCCGUGGGCCAAACGGCCCGCUACACCUGCCACGCCGGUGGUACGCCGGAGCCCACAGUAGAGUGGCUCCACAACGGCAGGCCCCUGGAGAGGGACGGCACAGACGACCAAUCAGAGGCCUGGGUGGAGAGGGGCUUCCUCUUCAUCAGAGGUGGGAGGUACGGCGUGAACACGGUCUGCUGCAUGGCGAGCAACAGCGCUGGCACGGCCAAUCACAGCGCUGAGCUGCUUGUCUUUGAUGCCUGUGACCUCACACUGGACCCCAACACGACCCACAGAGCCCUCUCUCUGUCUGAGGACAACAGGAAGGUGACGUGGGUUGGAGAGGACCAGUCGUAUCCGGAUCACCCAGACAGAUUUGACUACUGGCCCCAGGUGUUGGGUAGAGAGGCUCUGACUGGCCGCUGUUACUGGGAGGUAGAGAGGGAAGGAUGGGUUGGUAUAGGAGUGACAUACAGAGGAAUCACAAGGAGAGGAGGGGGUGGUGACAGCAGGCUUGGAGGGAACAACAAGUCCUGGAGUCUUUAUUGUUCUGAUGAUGGUGGUUACUAUGCCUGGUACAACGGUAUAGAGACAGCCCUCCCUCUCCCCCCCGCGGGCUCCACCAGAGUAGGAGUGUAUCUGGACCGGCCUGCUGGCUCUCUGUCCUUCUACAGAGUGUCCCCAGGUGGAGGAGGGUCCUCAGACACACUGACACACCUCCACACCUUCUGGUCCUCCUUCACCCAGGAGGACCUCCUCCCGGGGGUGGGGUUCUGGCGGUUGAAGGGGUCCCCACCGGGGUCCUCAGUGGGGUCCUCAGCGUCUCUGAGUCGGUUGUAGAAAAAUAAAACAUCAACCA